UUUUAUUUCUGAUAAAAAUAAAAAUGUCAAUGCCUAAACUUCUUCCUCAAGUUCCUCAACUUCUUAAACGCAACAAACGCAAAACAAAAAAGGUUCCUCUUCGCAAGUCAAUUACUCCUGGGACUGUUUUGAUUAUUUUGGUGGGUCGUCAUCGUGGUAAACGUGUUGUCUUUUUGAAGCAAUUGGAAAAGUCUGGUCUUCUUCUUGUUACUGGCCCUCUUAAAAUCAAUUCAUGCCCACUUCGACGCAUUGCGCAGGCUUUUGUUAUUGCUACCAGUACCAAAAUCGACAUUAGCAAGUUGGAGGUUCCCGUUCACGUCAAUGAUUCUUAUUUCAAACGUAAGAGUGGGAAAUUGGCCGACAAAUCAAAAGGAGGGAUUUUUGCUGGUGGUGCUAAACAGAAGUACGAGGUCACACAGCAGCGUAAAUCUGAUCAAAAAUUUGUUGAUGCGGGUGUUUUGGAGGCUAUCCGUGCUCAUCCUGACAAAAAAUACCUCUUUGGGUAUCUUGGCUCUCGCUUCCAUCUGGCUAAAGGGAUGUAUCCACACAAGAUGACUUUUUGA